AGAUGAAGUAUUGCAGGACCGAGGAACCAAAGGUCAGCGGGUCGAACAGGUAGCCUAUCCGUCAUCUGGUAACAACACAGCGCUGCGUUCACCUUUUACCCACUGAACCACUCCCAGGUUUUCUCAGACCGAACUUUAACCCCACCAGGGUGGUUGUCCUGCUGCAUGGCGACCCUGGGCAAGCUGUUGGGCGCUACGAGACACGUAGUAGGAGCAGCUAUCAGAGUUAGUCAGGUUAGAGCGACGUUCCAGCGCGGGAUGUCAGGGUACCAGUUUGAGUCGCUGGCGGUGACCAGGCCGCGGGAACAUGUCAUGCAGGUCGAGAUGAACCGGCCCGAGAAGAGGAACGCCAUGAACCAGGCCUUCUGGAGAGAAAUGGUGGAAUGUUUCCAGGCCAUCGCCGCAGAGCCUGAUAUCAGAGCAGUGGUCGUGUCAGGAGCAGGGAAGAUCUUCACUGCAGGAUUAGACCUGGGUGAUACAAUGAGUUCCCUGUUUGUGGAGGGAGCUGACAUUGCCAGGAAGGCCAUCAGACUCGGACCCAAAAUCAGACAGUACCAAGAAACCUUCAGUGUCAUUGAGAAGUGCCCUAAGCCUGUGAUAGCUGCAGUCCACAGUGCAUGUGUAGGUGGAGGGGUGGACCUGAUCACUGCUUGUGAUAUCAGACUGUGCACCCAGGAUGCCUGGUUCCAGAUAAAGGAGGUUGACAUCGGGUUGGCUGCUGAUGUGGGCACCCUGCAGAGACUGCCUAAGGUCAUCGGGAAUGACAGCCUGGCACGAGAGCUGGCCUUCACCAGUCGCAGGUUUGAAGCAGAGGAGGCCAAGCAGAUGGGUCUAGUCAGCCGCAUAUACCCUGACCGGGAGGCAUUGUUGGAAGGAGCCCUGGAGUUGGCCAGUACCAUCGCCAGUAAGAGCCCUAUAGCUGUACAAGGGACUAAAGUCAGCAUGGUGUACUCCAGGGACCACCCUGUACAGGAGGGACUGGACCAUGUGGCACUGUGGAACAGCACAAUGCUGCAGUCGGAGGAUGUUGUUGAGGCCGUGCAGGCCGGCAUGCAGAAGAGGAAGCCUGAGUUCUCCAAACUGUGAUCUCUGUGACCAUGGGAUGGCAAACAGCUUUCUCAUGCAACUUAUGCUAUAAGGAAUGUUGUGGGGCUAAGACAGAGAUGACUGUCAGACGUCUGAGCGAGGUGGUUUUGGAAGCUGUGUAGUAGUGUGCAAAAUAGGCGAAUUCUCCUAUUUUAAUUGAAUGCUAGUAGUACUAGUAUACUGUGUUGUAUCUAUAUUAAAUAUGAGAUGUAUUCCACAUACAAAUGCAGUCAAUGGUCUCCAAUUGUAAAACUCCACCAAGUCUUUAUUUCAACUAAUUGUGAAGCUUGGCAACCAAAGCUCUUCCCACAUUAUCAUACUAUGUACAAACUUCAGAGUGAAAAAUU